AUGGGAGAAGCAGGCACUCCUCUAGAUAAUGGGGUGGACGACGAUGCAUUGCCCCAAACCAUGCCCAUCGCUAUCGUGGGAAUGGGAUGUCGGUUCGGAGGAGGCAUCACCAGCCCCGAAGAACUCUGGCAGACGGUAGCAGAUGGCAAAAGUGUUUGGUCUCGGAUUCCGCAAGAUCGGUUCAACAGAGAAGCCUUUUUCCAUCCAGAUUCUCAAAGGCUAGGAACCUCGAAUGUGAAAGGUGGCUGCUUUUUGCAGGAGGAUGUUGGCUUAUUCGACACCUCCUUCUUCGGCCUCACGGCAGAGGUAGCUGCGUCAAUGGAUCCUCAAAUCCGUUUGCUGUUGGAAGUCACGUAUGAAGCCCUGGAAAGUGCUGGCUUUUCGCUGGCCCAGAUUGCUGGAAGCAACACCUCUGUCUUCACCGGAUCCUUCAUCCGCGACUAUCACGACCUGCUGAGCCGGGAUCCCACCGCUUUCCCGCGCUACUUCUCGACUGGCAACUUCAUGGCCAUGAUGGCCAACAGAAUAUCGCACUACUUCGACCUACGAGGCCCGAGUACACCGGUAGAUACGGGCUGUUCGACCUCAAUGACAGCGUUGCAUCUCGCCUGUCAAACCCUUCGCACAGGGGAGGCAGACGCCGCAAUUGUCGGAGGAACAUGCAUUAUGUUGAAUCCGGACAUGUUUUGUCAGCUGUCAAGUCUCGGCUUCAUUGGCCCAGAAGGUAGAUGCUUUGCUUUUGAUCACCGUGCCCAGGGGUACGGCCGCGGCGAGGGAAUUGCAACCUUGGUUCUGAAGCGGCUCGAUGAAGCUCUUCGAGACGGCGAUCCUAUUCGCGCGGUCAUUCGAGAAACAGGGAUGAACCAGGAUGGAAAGACGCCUACGAUCACCUCUCCUUCUAGGGACGCUCAGGAGGCCUUGAUGAGGGCCUGUUACCAGCGUGCCGGCUUGAAUCCCGAUGAAACUACUUAUGUUGAGGCUCAUGGCACGGGCACUGUAGCCGGAGAUGUCGUCGAAGUCGCCGCGAUCAGGUCUGUAUUUGGGACCGGAAGAGCGUCCAAGAGGCCAAUUGUGUUGGGGUCGGUCAAGUCAAACCUAGGGCAUACUGAAGCAGCGAGCGGUUUGGCCGCGAUCAUCAAGGUUGUCAAAGCAUUGGAAAACCGCCAGAUACCCCCUACCAUAAACAUCCAGCAGUUCAACGGGUAUCUUGGCCUCCAGGAUGGGGUUCUACAUGUUGCUCAGGAUUUGGAAGCUUGGCCCGAAACCGACAUUCGGCGAGCCUCGGUCAAUAACUUCGGGUACGGUGGAUCGAAUACGCAUGUCAUCAUGGAGGAUGCUGCGAACCAUGUGCUGAGACACAGCGGCCAGCGACCCCCUGUAUCGCAAGACGCUCAUUCCUCUCGGAAGGUCUUUGUCCUAAGUGGUAAAGACGAGGGCCCCACCAAGGGGCUCAAGGAUCGCCUCCUAAAACACCUCCAAGGACAUGAUCUAUCGCUCCCGGCGCUUGCAUAUACUUUGGGCCAGCGCCGCUCUCGGUUUCCUUACACCGUUGCCUUUUCUGCCGCCUCAACUGAAGAGCUUUCCAUAAAUCUGGCUGACCAAACACUUCGCCCGGUUUAUGCUGCGGGAACUGCUAAACUAGGUUUCGUUUUCACGGGUCAGGGCGCUCAGUGGCAUGCGAUGGGUCAAGAACUGACUGAAGAAUAUCCUGUCUUUCGUCAAGCACUCCACGAUGCCGAGAGGAUCUUCCAGGAGUUUGGUUCACCGUGGUCGUGCAUCGAAGAACUGUCUCGAGAUUCAUCUACAACACGUGUCAACAAGCCCAGCCUCAGUUUCCCUCUUUCAUGUCUGAUUCAAUUAGCACUUGUUCGUCUCUUAGCCUCGUGGGGCAUUUUCCCGGCCGCCGUAACGGGCCACUCCAGUGGAGAGGUGGCCGCAGCCUAUGCGUCGGGAGCCUUGAGCUUCCGAGAAGCAUUAGCGAUUGUGUAUUUCCGUGGACUAUUGACGUCUGAGCAUGUUGCGAAAAUCACUUCUCCUGGUGGUAUGUUGGCUGUUGGGUUGGGCCAGAAAGAUGUACAGACGUACCUCGGCCGCUUGACCACAGGCACCAUUGUUGUUGCGUGCGUGAAUAGUCCCUCCAGUGUCACCCUUUCCGGCGAUCUCGCCGGUAUCGAAGAAGUUCAACAGUACCUCGAAGAUAAUGGGGUCUUUGCUCGUCGCCUUCGGGUCGAGUCUGCGUACCACUCCCAUCACAUGCUUCCACUACAGCAGCAGUACCGUGAACUUCUUGACAAGCAUCUUGGUCCGACUCGUCAAUUCAACCCGGAUGUUGUCUUCUCUUCCCCUGUCUCCGGUGGGGUGGUGCAUGACGCGCACACACUGGGACCGGAACACUGGGUUCAAAACAUGCUACAGCCGGUAUUGUUUGAUCAAUCCCUUGGAAAUAUGUGCUUUGAGAAAGGAUCAUCCGACACGACAGUCUCCAGGGUGGACAUCAUUAUUGAAAUAGGUCCCCAUGGCGCCCUCGCAGGGCCUAUUCGCCAGUGCCUGGCGGGGGCAUCGCCCAUCACGUACACCUCCUGUCUGACCAGGAACCAAGAUGCUGUUCAAACACUUCAAUACAUGGCUGCGACCCUCGUCUCUCACGGUAAUCCCGUAGACCUGGCCCAGGUCAACUUCCCCAACGGCGAAGACAAAGAACUCCGUGCAAUCCCCGACCUGCCUUCGUAUGCUUGGAACCAUUCUCAGCGAUAUUGGGCCGAGCCUCGUAUCAGUCGCGAGCAUCGGCUGAGAGAGCAUCCCCCCCAUGAGCUGUUGGGGAACAGGAUGCCUGGUUUAUCGUCCAACGUUGCCCUGUUCCGGUUGAUACUGCGGCCGGGUGAUAUGCCAUGGGUUCGCGAUCAUCUCGUUCAGGAGGAGAUGGUCUACCCGGGCGCUGGAUGCCUCGCUAUGGCGAUUGAGGGCAUGCGACAGGUCUCAGUCUCCGAGUCAUCGCCGCUUCCUCAAAUUCAAGGAUACCGUCUUCGCCACGUCGAGAUCACCCGUGCCCUCAUCAUCCCUGACACCGCGGACGGUGUCGAAGUGCAACUUCUUCUCCAGCCGCCGACCAGUAGACUAGGCCUGAAUUGGCGCGAAUUCCACAUUUCGUCCGCCACUACCGAUGGAGAUUGGGUAGAGCACUGCCAUGGGCUUGUUGGGGUGGAUACCGAGGAACCACCAAGUGACCAGGACCCGACGAACCAUCUUCCCUCCACGGCACGCAUCCAGCUGAACAGCACGGAUGCGGCAUACUUCCGUUCUAUCGAGCCAGCAGAGAUGUUCCGGACUCUGCGUAAGGCAGGCGUUCAUCAUGGUCCCUUGUUCCAGAACCUGUCCUCCGUGCGGGCCGGAUCCAACAAGGCUGUGGCUUCCUUUUUGUCGGUGGACUCCACCGUGAUACAGUCAACAUCCUCUGAUCAUGUUCUCCAUCCGAUCACAUUAGAUUCCGUUUUUCAGGUGGCGUAUGCGACGUUGUCUAAAGACACGCAACGUGAAAUGGGAGCCGCGAUUCCGACAUCGAUCAAAGAGAUGUACGUUUCCAAUUCCAUAAGCCGCGAGCCUAGCCGCGCCUUUGAAGCCUUUGUCAACCUUGACCAAAAGAGUGCAAGAGGCUUCAACGUCUCCAUCGCAUUAGCCGAUCAGGGCCAGCAGCACGGUUGCCCGCCAGCACCGGUUCUUGAAAUUGACGGUAUGCAUUUCCAACGCGUGGGUGGUGCUUCCGAUGGAGCCGUUCCUUCGGAUCAUCCCCGUGGUGAACCAUUGUGCUCAACGAUGGAUUGGAGGGAAUCCAUUGCCUUAAAUGACCCUACUCUUGUGCGUCGGCGUCUUGCCAGAGAGGCAGAUGCAGGUUCAAAGGCCAUGGAGUCUGACCUCACUCGCGCGACGUAUCAUAUUGUGCGCCAGGUCCUGACGAAGUUGACCGACGCGGAUGUUGCUACUUUCGAGUCACGAUAUCCCGAGCUCCUCCAAUGGAUGAAGGAGCUGAUAGACCGCGCAGACGACAACCAACUGGCCCCACGCAGCGCUCGAUGGGCGACCGCCAGUGAUGGCGUGAGACAAAUGCUCCUCGAUCGAGUAGCCAUCGAGAGUGUGAACGGGCAGCUCUUGACUGCUCUCGGUCCAAAUUUGCUGGCGAUACUCCGGGGUCAGAUGGAUCCAUUGCAGGCUGCCGGAGAGACCAGCUCGGUUCUCGAGACCUUCCUGGAAAAAAUGCUGCAUAAACCGGCCGCAGUCAAGCAACUCGCCCAGAUCAUAGAUCUUUACGCCCAUGAGAAUCCCCGAGCCAAGAUUCUGGAGGUUGGAACCCGGAGCCCUGGGGAAUGCGUGGAGACAAUCAUGCAAUAUCUCACGGGAGACAGUGCGGAUUUGUUAUUUGCUCGGGUAGGGGAAUAUACCGUGACAGGGCCCGUGACCUCCGAUGGCGCAACCAGUGACAAGUUUUCUGCAUGGGCGCCCCUGGUUAGGUAUCAGCCCUUGGACCUUGCAGAAGAUCUGAGCGCCCAAGGGUUUGAGAGCGGAUCUUACGACCUUGUCAUCACGUCGUUGCUCUCCCACGAGACUACAGAUCUUCGCGCAGCCGUGGGCAAUGCCCGUCAGUUGUUGAAGGAGGGUGGAAAAUUGAUUGUGAUCGAAAGGGUGCGCGAGACAGUCGAUACAAGACUUCUUUUCGGUCUUUUGUCACAGCAUUGGAAUCCACCUCGAUCGAUGGCUGAAUGGGAGCGAACUCUCUGCGAGACAGGCUUUUCUGGUAUCGAUUUGGAGGUUCCUGAUUGCAAUAACGAAGAAGAGCGCUGCUUUAGUGUGAUUGUUUCCACUGCUGCUGCUGCUGCUGCUGCUGCUGCUGCUGCUGCCGUCGACGAACCCGAAACACUUGGCUCCAAGGGCAACAGCAUCUCGGUGGUGUACACUGAUAGCCUGCCCCCAGAGGAGUGGACGGACGGCCUCAUUACUGCGCUUUCUAGUCUCACAGAUAGCACCGUAAUUGUUGAACCGCUCCAUGGCCUAGACCCCCGUGAAAAGAUGAUUGUGUUUGUCGCUGAAAUUGCCGCUCCAUUCCUUUGUCAAAUGGACGAACAGGAUUUCAAUGCCCUGAAGGCCAUUCUUACGCAGUCCAAACACGUGGCAUGGCUAUCGCGGGGAUCAGCUAUCAGCAGUGAUAUCCCGGACCAAGCCCUGCAUACUGGAAUGCUUCGGACCUGUCGCGUAGAGAAUAGGAGCAAACGAUACAUCUCCCUAGAUCUGGACCCUGGCGAAGAGCCUUGGGCCAUGUCGAGUAUUAGCGCCAUUGGCCAUGUGAUCCGGGCGAUAUUCACGCUCUCUCUGCCUGAUUCCGAAUUUGCGGUACGAGAUGGGGUGCUCCUCGUUCCCCGAGUGCGGUUUAACUCGGAGGCGAGUAAGGCAGUGGCAUCAUCUACCGGAGCCGAGCUGCAGCCAUUCUAUCAACCAGGUCGAGACUUCCGGCUGUUCAUCGAGACCCCAGGUUUGCUCGACAGCCUGGUGUUUAAGGAUGACCCUGAAGCACAGGACCCAUUGCCCGAGGACUAUGUGGAGAUUGAACCCCGUGCUUUCGGUCUCAACUUCCGUGAUGUCAUGGUGGCCAUGGGGCAGAUGGAGGAGCCUCAGAUGGGCUUCGAGUGUGCUGGUAUCGUCAAGCGCGCACAGGGCACCGCCGCCAGCCACUUCAAGGCUGGCGAUCGGGUUUGUGCCAUUACCGCCCAUGGCCACUGGGCCAAUCUCACGCGUGUCCCCUGGACAUCUGCAGCUCGUAUCCCGGAUGAGAUGGACUUCGAGAUGGCAGCAUCCAUCCCCAUGACGUUUGUCACCGCGUAUUACUCUUUAUUCGAGAUCGCGCGUUUAGAGGCAGGAGAGACAGUACUAAUCCAUGCCGCCUCUGGGGGUGUCGGCCAGGCGGCCAUCAUCCUGGCGCAAUGGAAGCAGGCCAAGAUCUUCGCCACGGUAGGGACCCCGGAAAAGAGGCAGUUCCUGAUGGAUACGUACCAGAUCCCCGCCAGCCAGAUAUUUUCCAGCCGCGAUCCUUCUUUCGCUCGGGGCGUUAAGGCAGCCACCGGGGGCAAAGGAGUAGACAUCGUGCUGAACUCCUUGUCUGGCGGAUUGCUUGACGAGACCUGGCAUUGUUUAGCCCCGUACGGGCGGUUCGUAGAGAUCGGAAAGAAGGACAUUCAGUCCAACAAGCAGCUCGAGAUGCGGCCCUUCCAAGACGCGGUGACCUUCGCUUCCUUUGAUCUCGUCCAGUUGAGCGACCACCGAGGUCCAGCUCUCUUCCGUGUAUUAGGUGACGUGGUGAGCCUUUUCGAGCAGAAGGCCGUGCGUGCGCUCACUCCCAUCACCACCUACCCCAUCUCCGACCUCGGGCGAGCAUUCCGACAGAUGCAAGCGGGCCGGCAUAUUGGAAAGAUUGUCGUGGUGCCUCGACCAGCUGACAAAGUCAAAGUUUGCGCCAGUCCUAGCCCUGUUCGACUCUCCCCCGAUGUCACUUACUUGAUUACCGGAGGUCUGGGAGGCAUCGGGGGGUCAAUUUCCCGCUGGAUGGUCGAACGUGGGGCUAAGCAUAUGAUCCUGGUCUCGCGCAACUCCGCCUCCCGGCCGGAGUCACAGAAAUUAAUCAAGGAGCUGGGACAUAUGGGAUGCGAAGCGGUGGCUGUCAACUGCGAUGUCUCGCGGUCCGUGAACCUGGGGCAAGUCUUGUUCGAAUGCCAGGAGACGAUGCCGCCCAUCCGCGGCGUGAUCCAAGCCGCGAUGAACCUCCAGGACUCGAUUCUCGAGCAGAUGUCCUUCACACAAUGGUCCAGUAGCAUCGCCGCCAAGGUCCAGGCCACGCGAAAUGUUCACGAGUUCUUCGGAGACCGCCUGAGCUUCUUCAUCAUGCUCUCCUCGGUUGUCGGCGUUGUUGGGAAUGCCAGUCAAGCCAACUACGGGGCCGGCGGAUCGUAUCAGGACGCUCUGGCACGCCAUCGUGCCGUGCAGGGGCUGCCGGGUGUUUCCCUCGACCUAGGCAUGGUCCAGUCAGUGGGAUGGCUGGCGGAAAACAAGGCCGUGGGGGAUCGGCUGCUCCGCGAGGGGUAUCGCCCUCUGAGCGAAGAGGAGGUCCUUCAACUUGUCGAGAGCGCCAUCCGGGAUCCGGUACGGACCCCCGACACCAGUCAGGUUGUUACUGGCAUCGCGGGCUUCGCUCCUGAAGCUCCAGAUGCAGCUGCCUCCGGUUGGAGAUCCGACCCGCGGUUUACUGGUCUUCAGCUGCGUCCUGGAGCAGCACAUGCUCCUGGGCUUGUCACUCCAACGACAUCAAUUCGUUCCCUCAAGCAAGCACUUGCUGAGGCUAUAUCAGCAGAGCAGCCUGUUGCUCCGCUGAUCACGCACGCCGUGAUCGAGAAACUGUCGGAGAUGUUCGCCACUCCCGUCUCCGAGAUCGACCCAUGUAUGCCCUUGUCGCGAUAUGGAGUCGAUUCCCUGGUCGCAGUCGAGCUGCGUAACUGGUUGGUAGCUCAGUCAGGCUGUGAAAUGUCGAUUUUCGAUGUUAUGGGAAGUGCCUCGCUGUCCGCUUUAGCGGAUAAGAUUGCCGAUCGCCUAAACCACCGGUGA